AUGAAUAGAAGUUUUAAUGAUGAUGAUGAGACUUUAACAUUGGAAGAAGAAAUCAUGGAGGACUAUUCUCCUACGAAGCAAGAAAUUCGGGAAUAUGCAAUUCAUUUGGGGAUGAAUUUACCUGAAGACAAUAAAUAUUUGGAUAUUGCAGAAGCGGGUCUAAAGGCCAAGUUACCUGAUGAAUGGAAGAUUUGUUCUAAGAAGAUUAAUGGGAUCGAUUAAGUUUACUAUAAAAAUAGGAAGACUGGGGAAAUUAUUUAUGAUCACCCUUGCGACAUGAUUUAUUCAAAGAAAUAUGAGGAAGCUAAAUAGAUUGAUCUUCAGAAUCAGAAGAAAAAAAAAUCGACUGGGAUUAAUAAAUUCAAAAAUGAUAUUGAAAAAUAUAGGGUAUAAAAUGCUUAGGAUGGAGAGGAUGAUACUGAAUCUAUGAUGAUGAACUCUAAUGAAUAUUACUAAAAUAAAGGCUAUGUGAUGCAAAAUCCUAUGUAGCCUUCCGCAACUCAGAAUUUAUUAUCUCAAGUUGAUUAAGAGUUUGCUUAUUAAGCUUAAGAAUACGAGGAGGAGAAGAAGAAGGAUGUAAACAAGUUGAAAGAGGAAAACAAGGCAAAAUUGAAUAAAAUGGAGAUGAUUUUGAUGAACGAGGCAGAUCCUGAGUUAUUUGGAUUGAAGGAAGAAUAUGAGAGAUAGAAGGAGGAUUUGGUCAAGAAUUAGGAGGAGAAGAAAAAGAAGGCCAAAAGAAAAGUGGAGGAUGAAAUUGAGUAGAGCAUAAACAACCAAAAAAAUAUAUAAUAAAAAUAAUUAGAACACAAUUUGGAGAAUUAUGAGUAUGAGCAAGAGAGAUCAUUGAAGAAUAAAUUAAGAAUGUUGGAGUAGGAAUUGCAGGGACAAUAGAAAGACAUAGUCAAAAGAAUUAAUUAAAGAUAGAAGGAAUUGUCUGAAUCAGAUUCUAAAUGGAUGAAAUAAAUAUAGGAGAAGAAAAAGAAUGUUGAAAAUCAAUUGAAUAAAUACAAAAAGGAAUACAAUUAAGAAAUUUAUUAAAAGAUUUAGGAAAUAGAUCAAGAGAAUAUUAGAAAAUUAAGAUUAGAGUAGGAGGCUAUUAAGAGGAAAUUAACUAAUGAAUUUGAUAAAGUUAAGAGAGAAUACAAAUUUGAAAUAGUAGAUCUAUAGGAAGAAAAUUAGAGAAUGAUAAGAUCAAUAAAGGAGGAGAUCAGGAGUCAAUAUGAUCCAAAAUUUAAUUAGAGUUAAUUAACAUUUAAUGAUUAAUUGUAAAAUAUUGAAUUGAGUGAAUCUCAGAUUUUGUAGUCUUAAAUAUUUGAAUACAAGAAUAUAGACAUUGAAUAGAAAAAGUAAGAGAAUGCUAAAAGAGUUGCUUAAUAAAAUGAGAAAUUCACUUAAUAGUUACAAAAUUAACUCAUAAAUUUUGAAGUCUAAAAGAAAGAGAAAUAUCAGGAAAUGAAAAGAAUGCUAGAGGAUACUUAAAGGGUAAAGUUAGAGAAGAUAUAAAAAGAUUAUGAGAAGAAGACAGGUAAAAUAUUGGGAAAUGGAAAGGAGAUUGACUUAUGUAUGGAUAUUAAUUAAACAAAAAGUCUCAUAUAAGAGUUGAAAGAAGAAAUAAAAUAGAUGAAGAGAAAAAAAGGGGAAAUGGAAGAGAAAGUAACAAGUUUGAAUGUUGUAAUUUCAAAAUAUGAUUUAUAAAAUGAAUUGAAAUAAAGGGAUGUCAUCAAAUUUGAAUUAGAUCGUUUGCAAUUUUUGGUUGAAUAAUAUAAGUUGGAUGAUAAAAAAGUUGAAAAAGAAUUAGAGUUAUUAGAAUAGUAGUUUUAGUCAAGUAUACGAUAAAACUAAGAGUUCAAUUAGAGACAACAAAUGAUGCAAAGCAUGAUAUAAAGUUUCCAUGAAUUAAGAUAGUAAUUGGCAGCUAAUCAAAGUAUUGACAAUUCAAAGUUUUAGAGUAACAUGUUUAGAUAAACAGGACCUUAGUAUUUUGGAACAGAAAUCAAUAUUUAAAAUAAUUUGUCAAUGAAUUAAAGUGUUGUAAUAGAAGAGAAUGUAACAUAAAUGCGCAAAUGGAAACUAAUUCUAUUGGAUGAAAGGGUUGCUUUGAAUAGAGAAAAACAACUGUAUCUGACUAAUAAAGAGAAAAUAAAUCAGAUGAAAAAAAAGUUUUUAGUGGACUCUGAACAACUGAGGUCUCAACUUUUGUUAGCUUAGCAAUUUGAUUAGAACAAUAUGAAGAAAGACUUAAUAAGGAAACUAAAAUCAGAGAUGGACGAAUAAUAAAAUAAGAUUGCUAAAGAUACAGAGAAAUCAGAUAAUUGGAGAUUAAUAAUAUUAUAGAGGGCUAGGAUCUUAGACUAGAUGGAAAUAAAUAUAAAUGAUGAUAAUCCUCAAUCGUCAUUAUUAUAUUCUCUAGAAUAAUUGUAUCGGCUAUAUUUUUAAAUGGGAGAAAUUGAAUUAAAUGAUUAUAUAUAAGGAUAGUCAAUCUCGAAAAUAGAUUAACCAUAUGAUAACUAAAUAUAAGCAGAUUCCUCAUAGCAAGCAAUAUAAGCUAUAAAUUAAGAAUAGUAAGAUCAAUUGGCUAAGCAAUUCAUAAUAUAAAAAGAAGAGUUGCAAAAUUAUAAGAACAGGAUUCAUAGUACUUAUCCUUAAAGUAUAGAUGCCAAAGAAAGGUUGUAAAGAUACUAAGAAUUUAUACAAUAAAAGGUUUGA